AUGCCCACUCGAUCGGGACUGGACUUUGCGGCGAAGAACCCUAAGAAGGAAGGCAAGAUGACGGAAGGUGAAGAGGGGAACCGAGGAGAACCUCGGGUAGAGGCGAACGCGCAAGGCGCGGGAGGAACGGGCGAGCCGGGACUGGACAGAGCCACGGGCUCAGGAGAAGCGCACGGAGAGCAACGCCGUGCAGAGAAGGAAGAAGAAAAAGGAAGGGAGGAGGAACAGCCUAUCGGAGAAGCAGCGGCGGUGGCGCGUACGGCCAGGGACGGUGGCAAGGGGUACCGUCGCAGUGUAUCAUGGCAGGGCUUCGAGGAAGAGGCAGCGUCGACGCGCUGGCGCUAUACCAUGCUACCAAAGAGACAUCUGGAAAAGAAGCGGUUGGAGAGGAGAAGAGAUCACGCAGCUAGCGCAGAGCCAAGGACCGAGCUGGAUGACAAGAAGCAGUGGGAGGCAGAGAGGUUCCUGGAGCUGCUAGAGGAAGAGGCAAGUGAAGAACGAGAGAAGGGGGUGCCGGUGGAAAGGAGGAUGGGCAGUCACAGCGACCGGGACGAAGCACCGGGGAGAUACCCAGACCAGGACGAGGAAGAAGAAGAGGAGGAAGAAUGGGUGGAGCCAGAAAUGGACUGGGAUAGCGAAGAUAGAGAAGACCCCACAGAUACAUGGAUCCCGGACCCGGACGAAGUAUUCCUGGGCCCGAGCAGGGCGUACAUGGUGCUGAGCAGCGGCAACGGAGUGGAACAGGCGCGGGAGCUUGGAGUGGAAGGGCAGAAUGACGCGGAGAGAGUGGAGGCAGGUGAAGUAGAGCCAGCGCAGUGA